UUAAUAUACAUUUUUAAAAACCACUAAAUGCACCAAGAAAUAAUGCAUUAAACAAUGGAUUGAAUUAUGAGUUCGAUAGUAGAAUUACUUCGUUGAAAGUAGAAAAAAAUCUUAAUUCCUUAUCCGUGCAAAAAUUCUUACCAGGAGUUAGGUAACACGACUAUGUUAUAGGUUUUCCUUAUUGAUUUCGGAAAGUUGGUUAAUGAUAACGACACGGAACAGUUCGUGAGAUGUCUCCACUCUAGUGGGAUGAUACACGCUGUAUGGUUUCAGCAGCAUGGGACCCAUACGGCUGAAAUAUAUUUUACUUAUAUUCAUUUUCUGCCAUCAUAUUGUCUUGACAACCUCUGCCACAACCAAUGGCAAGCUUCUGGUGGCUGCUGGGAUUGUGACAGCUGCACUGAUGUCAUCAUCCUACGGAUAUUAUUCUUGGACACCCAGUGCAAUAGCUCUUUUAACCGCAAUCCUCCUCAUCACACUGAUACCAACCCAAUCCGACGCAGGGAGCACAUGCACAGCGUCUGGUUACGCCAUAGAUCCCGUGCUCGGAUGUAUCAAGCUCUACAAAUUAACAUCACCAGCAACUCACAGUGAACUGGCAGCUCAAUGUGCGAGUGAUGGCGGGAAACUCCUCCUCGUUAAGUCAGCGGCGGAAAACACGGCACUUGUCAAUCUAAUGAACGCUAACGGAGUGGUCGGUGCCGUCAUACAAGGGUCAAGGGUCACUUCUUCAGACCCCUGGCUCACGGAUUCUGGACAGCCUCUCCCAUACAUCGCCAGCAUCCAAGGCAUAGCUAACGUUGCAGAUCAAACUAAACUUUUGGCAUUGAAUACCGGGUUGUGGCAGCCUUUUAAUCCCGCAGGCACUUCGUUUCGAAAUGCUGUUUGUGAAAUAUAGUAAUCAAAUUAUGUAAUUACCACUCUAUGAAUAUUCGAUUUAUACAGAACACAUGAUCGCAUUUUAGCAAGACAACAAAAUUUGAUAAAAUUUCAAAUACUAUG